AUGAAUUUGAGUUCACUCAAAAAUCAAAUAACAGAUGUCAAAAAGUCAAACAUAGACAUACAGAAACAAAUAAGUGAAAACGAAAAGAAACUAGAAUAUGACAGACACACAAAGAAACUCAAUGAGUUAAACGUAGAGAAAAAGAAGAAAGAAGAACAACUGAAAGAACUAAGUACAGAGGAAUAUGCGAAAAAAGUGUCAGAAAAAGCAGCAGAAGUAGCAAAAAUGGAACAAGAUGUUAUAAAUUUGAAAAACCAUACUACUCAAUAUAAAGUACUGAAAGAUGAAGAGAUAAAACAAAAAGCCCUGAAGACAUAUAUGGAUAGCGAUGAGUAUAAAAAAGAAGUUGAAGCAAAUGUAAAGGCAGAAAAACUUUUACAGUUGCAAAACCAAACCGUACAGUAUGAAAACUUAGCACAAGAAAGUAAAAAUAACGACGCAGCCAUGCAAAAGGCAAUGAAAAGCGCAGAAUAUAUAAAAGCUAAUAAUGACUGGUUAGAUGCCCAAGCCAACGCUAAAGCAGCCCAACUUAUAGGGUCAAUAAGGACAAAAAUACAAGCGGAUGAAGACAGUUCAAAUGAAGCUUUAAUGAAUGCUGACUUUAAGAACGCCUUCGAAGCUCUUCAUAGUAAGGUGAAACUAGUGAACGACUUCUCAUCUGGAAAGAAACUGAAGUCUGAAGGUUUCGACAAAGAGUUAAGAGAAGUAGCACAAAAUAUGACGAAAAUAACAGAUGCAGCAACGAGACAGGCAGUUCAAAGUGCCUAUGACGCCGUUAGAGCAACUGUUGUGGAAAGUCAAGAAAAAGAGUUACAACAGACCAAAACAGACCUAGUAAAUGCUUUCUUAAAAACGAAAAGUCAGGUAGGACAUUAUGCUGCAGAUGGAACAUAUGUGCCAGCUGGUGGAACUUAUAUACCAGCUGGUGGAACUUAUAUACUAGCUA